AUGUCGGCAACAGCAGCAGCUCGCAAACGGGGAAAACUGGUCUCCGGGGCCGGGGCGGGUGCAGGGGCCGUCAAGAGGCGGCGGAAGGCCGAUUCUGCUGUGGCCAAGACCAGGACCAGGGGUAGCGGCAAGAUGAAUGAGGAGAUCUCCAGCGAUUCAGAGAGCGAGAGCCUGACUCCGAGGAAGACUGUGGAGGAAGACGAGGAGGAGGAGUUGGAGGAAACUGUGCAGGAGAAGAAGCUGCGCUUGGCUAAGCUCUAUCUUGAGCAGCUCAAGCAGCAAGAGGAGGAAAAGGCUGAAGCCCGUGCAUUUGAGGAGGACCAGGUGGCAGGGCGCCUGAAGGAGGAUGUACUUGAGCAGAGGGGCAGGCUGCAGAAGUCGGUGGCAAAGGAGAUCCAGGCCCCAGCCCUGGCCGACAUUCGGGUCUUGAGGGGCCACCAGCUCUCCAUCACCUGUUUGGUCAUCACCCCUGACGACUCAGCCAUCUUCUCUGCCUCUAAGGAUUGCACUAUCAUUAAGUGGAGCGUGGAGAGUGGACGGAAGUUGCAUGUGAUCCCUCGAGCCAAGAAGGGUGUUGAGGGGCAGCCGCCUGGCCACAGCAGCCACGUCCUCUGCAUGGCCAUCUCAUCUGAUGGCAAGUACCUUGCCUCGGGUGACUGUAGCAAGCUCAUCCUCAUUUGGGAGGCUGAGAGCUGCCAGCAUCUGUAUACCUUCACAGGGCACCGGGACUACGUGUCGGGGCUAGCAUUCCGCAGAGGCACACACCAGCUCUAUAGCACGUCCUACGAUCGUUCUGUGAAGGUGUGGAAUGUGGCCGAGAACUCCUACGUGGAGACACUCUUUGGGCACCAGGAUGCGGUAGCUGCACUGGAUGCGUUGAGCCGGGAGUGCUGCGUGACUGCUGGCGGCCGGGAUGGGACUGUGCGGGUGUGGAAGAUCCCUGAGGAGUCCCAGCUUGUCUUCUAUGGCCACCAGGGCUCCAUAGACUGUGUCCAGCUCAUCAACGAGGAGCACAUGGUGUCGGGUGCAGACGAUGGCUCUGUGGCCUUGUGGGGUCUCUCCAAGAAGCGGCCACUUGCCCUGCAGCGUGAGGCGCACGGGCUGCGGGGGGAGCCGGGCCUGGAACAGCCCUUUUGGGUGUCUUCAGUGGCAGCCCUUCUCAACACAGACCUUGUGGCCACAGGCUCCCACAGCUCCUGUGUGCGGCUCUGGCAGUGUGGAGAAGGCUUCCGGCAGCUGGUCCAUCUCUGUGACAUUCCCCUGGUGGGUUUUAUCAACAGCCUCAAGUUCUCCAGUACCGGGGACUUCCUGGUGGCUGGGGUGGGACAGGAACACAGACUCGGCAGAUGGUGGCGGAUCAAAGAGGCUCGGAACUCUGUCUGUAUCAUCCCGCUCCGCAGGGCCCCUGUACCUCCAGCUGCUGGCUCCUGACACUUACCCCUAUUAUUUAAUCUUUCCCAGUCUUCUUUAUAUUAAAAGCUUCCCCUUUUGGGCC